AUGACUGUCUAUAUUAUCCACGAAAAUGAUACGUGGUUACCACCAUUCCGAAAAGCUUUUGAAGAACUUCAUUUGCCUUUUAUCGAAUGGAAUUUAAGUGCCACACAUAGCUUCACAUUAAAUAAAAAGCCAGAUCAUGAUGCAGUUUAUUUUAAUCGUAUUUCACCAUCCUCACAUACUCGCAAUCAUCGUUUUUCUUGUGAAAUCACAGGUCAAGUUCUCGAUUAUCUGUCAUUACAUUCAUGUCGAAUUAUUAACGAUCAACGAGCUCUUUCGCUUGAAUUAUCUAAAGUAAAACAAUAUGUUGAAUUAACGAAAAAUAAUAUUCGUGUACCACGUACAGCAUUUGUCGGAUGUGCAACAUCACUCAAUCAACAAGAAUCAACAAUACAAGAAAAUUUUAUUGAGACAUUAAAAAAAACUGCACGAGAAAAUUUUUUCAAUGUAUCAACACAAACAUGGGCACCAUUUAUUAGUAAGCAUAAUCGAGCAGGCAAAGGACUUGGCGUUCAUUUAUUUGCUGAUGAUCAACAACUUGAAGAACAAUUCAAAAAAUUAUCGAAUAAUAAUAAUAAUAAUGAUGAUGAUGAAGAAUUUUCUGUUGAUGGUAUUUAUCUUCUACAAGAAUAUAUUCAAUCGCCAAAAAAAGCUAUUAAUCGAGCAGAAUUUAUCGGUUAUAAAUUAAUGUAUGUAAUUGAAGUUGAUACACGACAAGGUUUUCAAUUAUGUCCAAGUGAUGCAUGUCGAAAACAAGCCGAAGUUAAAUUAGUUCAACAGAGUGCCGACGAAAUCAAGCAUGGAUUUAACAUUCGACCGAAGGAAUCAUUUACCGAGAACGAAAAAAACGUUAUUGAACAACUAGAAAACUUUUUACAGGAACAAAAAAUUGAAGUAGCUGGCAUUGAAUGGGUUGACGAUGGAACAAAUAUCUAUGUUUACGAUGUUAAUUGCAAUACAAAUUAUAAUGUUGCUGCUGAAACAAGAUUCUUUGGAGAUAUGUACGGAACAGUUAGGCUAGGUGAAUACUUUCAAAAACAGUUACGAAAAGAUUAA